GUCGGUGAUAAGGUCAUGGUCUUGGCGAGAUCAGGGCUCUGGCAAGAAGUUGUGAAUGUGCCGGUCAGUCAAACUUUCCCGAUGCCUGAGGGGAUGAGCUUCGAGGAAGCGGCUGCUCUUCUUGUCAACUACAUCACUGCCUACAUGAUCCUGUUUGACUUUGGAAACCUGAGACCCAACCAGAGUGUCCUCAUCCACAUGGCUGCAGGUGGUGUGGGAACUGCUGCCAUCCAGCUGUGCAAGACUGUCGAAAAUGUCACCAUUUUUGGCACAGCAUCUGCCUCCAAGCAUGAUUCACUCAAGGAAAGUGGAGUUACUCACCCCAUUGACUACCGAACGAUGGAUUAUGCAGAGGAGGUCCGGAAAAUCUCUCCCAAAGGUGUUGACAUUGUCCUGGACCCACUGGGAGGAUCUGAUACAUCCAAAGCGUUUCAUCUGUUGAAGCCAAUGGGCAAACUCAUCACUUACGGAGUAGCAAACCUGCUCACUGGACAGAAGAAGAACCUCAUGGCUAUGGCUAAAACCUGGUGGAACCAGUUCAGCAUCAGUGCCUUGCAGCUCCUACACCAAAACAAGGCUGUGUGUGGCUACCACCUUGGAUAUAUGGAUGAAGAAGUUGAGCUUCUCAGAAGUGUUGUAGCCAAACUGGUUAACCUGUACAGUCAAGGCAAAAUCAAGCCCAAAAUAGACUCUGUAUGGCCCUUUGAUCAGGUGGCAGAGGCCAUGAGGCAGAUGCAAGAAAAGAAGAAUGUUGGAAAAGUUAUUCUGGUUCCUGAAGCACCUAAGGAAGAAUCCAAGAAAGAAGAGAACUAAGGAGAAGAGAUGUGUGCAGAGUAUGAAUUCAUGGUUUAACUCCCUGCUCUCUUUGGGACUUGGAAAUGGACAGAUCAGUAGCUUCCAUCUUCACCAGUACAAGAACAUCGUGGUUAUCAUUCAGAUGAGGUUUGCAUGCUCUUGUUGUGACUGACCCUUUGCC